AUGAUUGUUUCUUGGAACAUUAGGGGGCUCAAUAAAGUAGGUAAACUAAGGGAGAUUAGCUCACGUCUCCUUGAGCUUAAGCCUGCAAUUGUCAUAUUGGUAGAGACUAGAGUUAAGAAGAGUAAAGAAAAUGUUAUCAGGAAUAAACUGCACUUGACUGAUAAUUUCAUUGAUAACUACAAAGACCGUGAGAAUGGUAGGAUUUGGAUAUGGUGGGAUAACAACGAAAUUGAUAUUUAUUUUAUUCAUAGUUCUAGUCAGCAUAUCCAUUGGAUGACUGUUGUUUAUGCCCAUAACCAGAUGAAUAAGAGGAGGAUCCUGUGGAAAUAA